GCAGUCAUUUUCUCACACUAUUCUUCUUCCUCCUCCCCAACCCCAAAGCUUCUUCUGUGUGCAAAACCCUAGCUUCCAAAUCUUUCCUCCAUUUCUUCUUAGUCUCAGACCCAUUUAACCAUAAUCAUGUCUCUCAUCUCUCGCCUCCGUCAAGCUUCCACUUCCCUACGCCGGUUCUCUACUCUGUUAUCUCCAGACUCGACCAAACCACUCUCCGCAAAAGAAAAAACUAGGGCGGCUCUUAGCCUCAUCAAGUUUGAAAAGAAUCCUAGUCGCAUCGUCGAGAUUUGCAAGGCUGCCUCCCUCACCCCCGAGGCCCCACUGGACCGGAUCACUCUCUCAGUCGCCAUCACCAAGCUCUCGGAAUCGAAUCACUUUGAAAUCAUCCGCGAGUUCCUCGAUGACCUCAAGUCCCGCCCCGACCUCAGAACCGAGCGCUUUAUUUCACACGCCAUGGUUCUGUAUGGCCAGGCGAAGAUGAUCGACCAGGCUAUUCAAACAUUUAAGCAAUGCAAUGAACUUGGCGUUGUUCCUUCAGUUAGGAUUUUGAACUCUUUGAUUUUCGCUUGCAUUCUCGCCAAGGAUUACAAGGAGGUUAGUCGCGUUUUCGUCGAGUUCCCGAAGGCUUACGGGAUCGUACCGAAUCGGGAUACUUACAACAGGGUGAUCCAGGCCUUUUCUGAGUCGGGCUCGACUAGCUCGGCGUACUCGAUAUUAGCGGAGAUGGAUAGGAAGAAUGUGAAGCCUGAUGCGACUACUUUUGGGUGCUUGUUAUCUGGGUUUUACUCCGAAGAGCGGUUUGAGGAGGUGGGGAAAGUCUUGACAUUGAUGGAGAAGUAUGGAUUGCGUUUAGGGGUGAGUACUUACAACAUUAGGAUCCAUAGUUUGUGUAAAUUGAAGAAAGUGGAGGAGGCCAAAGCUUUGUUGGAUGGUAUGUUAUCAAGGGAAAUUAAGCCCAAUUCCGUCACAUAUAGCCAUUUGAUUCAUGGGUUUUGUAAAGCAGGGAAAUUAGUUGAAGCCAAGAAACUGUUUAGAGAAAUGACUCACAAAGGUUGCCAACCUGAUAGUAACUGCUAUUUUACACUGGUUUACUUCAUGUGCCAAGGCAAGGACUUUGAUAAUGCGUUGGAGAUUUCUAAGGAGAGUAUUGCGAAGAAAUGGGUUCCUAAUUUCACCACUAUGAAGUCUCUCGUGGAUGGGCUAGUGAGUGCUUCGAAAGUAGCAGAGGCAAAGGAGCUUAUUUCCCUAAUCAAGGAAAAUAUUAGAGUGAAAGUAGAUUUGUGGGAUGAAAUUGAAGCUGGCUUGCCUCAAUGAAGAUCAUGUGUUUACAUGUAAUUCCUCUUUAGUUCCGUGAAACCAUGAAAGUUGCAAUUUUGAAUAGAGGAAUGUUCUUUCGCGACUAGAGAAACUCUCAUGGUUAGAUUUGGUAGAAUGAGUUGUGGAUGAACAUUUGCUUACCAUCAAUGAGAAUAUAUUUUCUGUUUUGAUUCUCUCAGGAAUUUUUGUAUUUUGCUGUGAGUUCUUUAUAUUCGCCAGGUGAAAAUGCCUUUGGCUGAGAAAGGGAUUCAGAAUGUUUGCUUAGAUGUUGCUGAAAUAACUAUGAUGAUCAUGCAAUGAAAACCGAAUAAGAUCAUAAUUUAUUUAUUUUU